UGGCUAGGUUACUUACUGUAUUACGGCUUCAACAUAUGGUGCUGUGAUGUGUUCAGUACUGAUUUUUUGACGGGAGAACGUCAACAGACCAGUAUGGCUGGCAGCGGUCUCUCAAGGAGUUUUUCAUAUCCAGACUCAGAUAGGCCUACUCGCAUUUACCCCGCUUCAGCCUGCUACAGCAGAAUACAAGAUCUGAGAGGUCUCGUGAACUACGGUCUGUCCUGUUGUGUGAAUGCACUGCUCCAGUCUUUCUCUGCUACACAUGAACUGGUGGUACUCCUGAAUAAGUGGGACAUAGAUGACCGUGGGGCAUUAGUCAAGACACACAAUGUCCCACUGCAAUUGCAGAGAAUACUGCAAGCCAUGCAGAGCCAGGAGUUACAGCCCGUCCCUCACAAAGACUUCCUGCACUGCUUGGACAGGAACAACAUCCGACUCUACAAACAGCAUGAUGCAGAUGAGGUCUUCCUUUCCAUUCUGAACCUCAUACAAGAGCAGAUGAGCGACAAAGAGCUGGCUCAGGAGAUCAGGCGUCUGUACAUGGUAACCGUUGAAGAGCAUCUUCAGUGUAUGGAGUGCAGAUUCAUUGAAUGUGGAACGAGUUACCUGCUCAGCCUGCCCUUGCCUUUGCGUGAAGAAGACAACACCUUGGAAGAAAGCUUUAGAAAUUUCUUUGAGCUGCAGGAGCUGAGAAAUAUGGAUGAGUGUUUCUGUAAUAGAUGUGGCGAGAAACAGCCAUCUAGACAGGGACUCAGACUCAUCAAGCUACCUCCAGUGGUCUGCAUUCACCUGAAGAGGUUUCGCAGUACCGGUGGUUACACCAAAAAACUGUACUCCAAAGUCAGCUUUCCGCAAACCAUUGACUUCAAAGAGAUACUGGAACCAGAACAGGUGUCAGGAAGUUUCCUAGAGAGUGAGUGGCAGUAUAAUCUGUAUGCUGUCAUAGUGCACUGUGGAAGUGCCAUGUUUGGACACUACACCGCCUACAUAAAACAUCCUGGGGACAAUGAGUGGUACCAUGCAGAUGACAGCCGAGUGCGUAAGAGGUGA